AUGUCAUCUACCAGGCCGAAGCACCGGAAGAGUCAUCCAUCCGUCCCAGUAACAUUCGCACCGCCUCCACCAGCAAAUGCACCGGGCCUGCGGGGGCAAGGCAGAGAAUAUCUUCGAACAAACCUGCCUGCCCCCUCCCCCCCUAACACCGACGCACCCGCAGCCACCCAGGAUAACGUGGGAGAUGGCGGGUCCCCGCAAGGAUUCCGCCCAUCUGAGGGUGAAGGCUCUGGUCCGGAAGUAGCGAGACUGGAGAGGAAGAAGAAGGCAGAGGCGGAGGCACUCUGUGAUCAGGAGUCGAUCAUCGGAGAGGAAGAAGGCGGAGGAGGCGGAGGCGGAGGCGGAGGCGGAGGAAAAGAGGGAGCCACGAGAGAGGAAGAGGCAAUCCUACGGAGAGCAUGA